AGAGAGUGGGGUAAGAUGACCCACCCCUGUAUCUCGGUAACCGUACACUUUUAUUGCAAUGUGACCAUAUAUUUUGGAACCAUCCAUCAUUUCUGUCAGACUAUGUAAAGGAGACGCACAUGGGAGGCUUAAGGCACCCAUUUACUUUAAAAAUUUGUCAAAGUAAAAUUUUAACAUAAUAGGUGUAAUGGCUGUUUUAUCAAAGCAAAUUUGUCCAUGUCUAAAUAUAUAUUGCAUUUUGAUGAUAUAGCAAUGUAUAAAACCAUGCAAAUCAUUUAGCUAAAUAUUAGCGUUUUUUUUUUUUUUUUUUUCAAAAUGGCAGCUAUGGGGAAAAAGUGAGCCAAAUGCUGUGGGGUAAAUUGAGCCAGAGUUUUAAUUCACCCCACCUUAAGGCACUGAAGUUUUCACUGAAAUUAAAUCUCUUAAGUAUAAACUGGUAUAAUUACAAAUUGCAGUGAGCCAAGCACAUAUUGACCUUGAUUACAUUUAGUUUUGGGUUGACAGGUGACCUUAAAGAAGACAAGUCAUGGUUUUGGUGUUUUGAAAUGUAAUGAUACACUUAUGAGACACAUUCUCUCACCAUGAUUGACUGAUAUGAAAUAGUAACCACACCCUUUCCUGCAUGGAGUUACAACAUACAACAGUAGUGGUUAGUGGAUAUAUAAAACAUGGCUUAAUGCUGACCUCACAUUUGGAGUGGAUGCUUGCCUAGCAGAAGAAAUGCAUGUUAAUCUUGUAUUGACAGUGGUGUGUAUUACCAGGCUCUGUCCUGCAGUGUGUGGGGUUAAUUUAGGCACCUGUAUCCUCCAAGGUGACCCUCAGCCCCCUGCUCUCUUUAAGGAUGGAGACUUUAUUAUUGGAGGGGCUUUCACCAUUCAUUACUAUAUGAGGACAGAGAAGCACACCUAUACUAGACGGCCACAACCACUAGAGUGCAUUGGGAGCAUGGACUUUAGGGCACUGCGUUUUGCUCGUGUCUUACAGUUCGCCAUCAAAGAGAUUAACAACAGCUCUGAUCUCUUACCGGGCAUCACAUUAGGGUACCAUAUAUAUGACUCUUGUGCCUCUGUGCCAAUGGUAAUGAAAGUAGCAUUUCAACUAGCCAACGGGCUAGAUCUGGUAUUUAACGACACUGAUUCCUGUGCAAAAUCUGCUGCAGUUCUCGCACUAGUUGGAGAAUCUGGUUCCACUGCGGCUAUAAGCACUUCAAGACUUUUCGGUUCUUUUGGAAUUCCACAGGUGAGUCAUUAUGCAACGUGUGCGUGUCUCAGUGACAAGCGGCAGCAUCCUACUUUCUUCAGGACCAUUCCCAGCGAUCACCAUCAAGCAGCCGCACUUGCACGGAUGGUCAAGCGCUUCGGAUGGACGUGGAUUGGGGCUGUGCGCAGUGAUUCAGACUACGGGAACAAUGGCAUGGCAUCAUUCCUGAAGGCUGCGGAGGAGGAAGGAAUCUGUGUAGAGUAUUCUGAGGCCUAUUACAGGACCCAGCCGCGCAGUAAACUGAAAAGAGUCGCUGAUGUCAUUCGUAGGUCAACAGCUCGUGUAAUAGUUGCCUUCAUGUCCGUUGGUGAUAUGAGAUUUCUCCUAGAAGAGCUGAGUCAGCAGCCUCCUCCUCCAAUGCAGUGGAUUGGCAGCGAGGCGUGGGUUACAGACCCACAAAUGCUGCGGUUUAAUUUGUGUAUCGGUGCCGUGGGCUUUGCAAUCCCGCGGUCUGUUAUCCCGGGUUUUCGUAACUUUCUACUUGACCUGUCUCCAGCGAAGGUGCUGAAAUCUCCAUUGCUGACAGAAUUCUGGGAAAGCUCAUUCAGCUGUAGUCUAAAACAGCAGACAGGUUCUUCUACUGCUAUGCCUGCAUGUAAUGGCACAGAGGAUCUGCGCGCAUUACACAACCCGUACACAGACACGUCCCAGUUGCGGAUCACUAACAUGGUGUACAAAGCCACAUAUGCUAUAGCUCAUGCCCUCAAUGGCAUUGUCUGUAACGAAAAACGAUGUAGCAAAAACAUCAAAAUUGAGCCCCAUAGGGUUUUUGAUCAGCUCAAACAAGUGAACUUCACCAAAAAUAAUUAUUCUGUUUCGUUUGAUUCCAAUGGAGACCCUGUGGCCACCUAUGAACUUGUGAAUUGGCAGCUUCAGGGAGAUGGUUCAGUUGAUUUUGUGACAGUGGGUCAAUAUGAUGCAUCCCAGCCUAAAGGCCAAGAAUUCAGUCUAAGCAGAACUAUCAUUUGGUAUGAUGGCAGUGAAAAGGUGCCUGUGUCUGUGUGCAGUGAGAGCUGUCCUCCAGGUACUAGGAAGGCUGUGAAUAAGGGAAGGCCUGUCUGCUGCUAUGACUGCAUUAACUGUGCAGAUGGAGAGAUCAGCAAUGAGACAGAUUGUCACAAAUGCCUACCUGAGUACUGGCCUAAUAAUGAGAAGAACAAGUGUCUUCCUAAACCGGUGGAGUUUCUAUCCUGGAAUGAAAUCCUUGGGAUUAUACUGGCUGCUUCCUCUAUUUCAGGCUCUUUAGUGGCUUUGAGCAUUACUUUGGUGUUAUACAAAAACAGGGCUUCUCCUAUAGUAAGAGCCAACAACUCAGAGCUGAGCUUCCUGCUGCUCUUUUCAUUGACUCUGUGUUUCCUCUGUUCACUUACUUUCAUCGGUCGGCCCACUGAGUGGUCCUGUAUGCUGCGUCACACAGCAUUUGGUAUCACUUUUGUUCUCUGUAUCUCCUGCGUUCUUGGGAAAACAAUAGUGGUAUUAAUGGCCUUCAAGGCUACACUUCCAGGAAGUAAUGUUAUGAAAUGGUUUGGGCCUCAUCAACAGAGACUCAGUGUUUUUAGUUUCACUCUUGUACAGGUUCUUAUAUGUGUGCUUUGGUUAACAAUAUCCCCACCUUUUCCCUACAAUAAUAUGCAACACUACAAAGAAAAGAUAAUUCUAGAAUGCAGUUUAGGAUCAGCUAUUGGUUUCUGGGCUGUACUGGGUUAUAUUGGCCUUCUAGCUUUCCUUUGCUUUAUCUUAGCUUUUCUGGCCCGGAAGCUGCCUGAUAACUUCAAUGAGGCUAAAUUUAUCACAUUCAGUAUGAUCAUAUUCUGUGCUGUUUGGAUCACAUUUGUUCCAGCUUAUGUCAGCUCUCCAGGGAAAUUUACUGUAGCUGUGGAGAUAUUUGCCAUUUUAGCUUCAAGCUUUGGUCUGAUUCUCUGUAUUUUUGCUCCUAAGUGUUUCAUUAUUGUAUUUAGGCCAGAGCAGAAUACUAAAAAACACUUAAUGGGUAAAGCAUCAACAAAAGUCCACUAAGACACACAACUCUAUUAGAUACCAAUUAUUGUUAGAUAUCGCACAUACUGUGAUUUACUGUGUCAGCUCUCAUGCCGA